UUCAGUCUCAUCCAGUCCCGUCUCCCCAGUCUGCUUCAUUUUCCAGUCCAGUUCGGAGGCUGCAGGUGAUCGGGCAGUCCGUCCGUCCGUCCUUCCGUCUGUCUGUGGAUGUUCAGCGGAUGUCCUUGCGCAGGCUCUUUCCCACCGCGGUGAGGCUGGACGGAUAAACUCACCAUGGCUCUGGAACCGGAGGGGAGCAGCCGGCUCCUGCAAGACGUGCUGGCGCGGCCGGGCAACGAGACGUGCGCGGACUGCGGCAACCCAGAGCCGGACUGGGCGUCGAUGACUUUGGGCGUGUUUGUUUGCCAGGCCUGCUCACUCCUUCACCGGAGCAUCCCGCACAUCAGCCGAGUGAAGUCUGUCCAGGACACGUGGGAUGCCAGCGAGGUGGAGUUAAUGGCUGCUAUGGGAAACAAUGCAGCCAAGGCCAAAUAUGAGCAGAAGGUUCCUGCUUUCUAUUACAGACCAACACACACUGACUGCAAGCUGCUGAGAGAGCAGUGGAUCAGAGCCAAGUACGAAAGGAAUGAGUUUGAGUUUAUCGAGAAGCAGGAGCCUUAUUCUGCAGGGUACAGAGAGGGGUUUCUAUGGAAACGAGGAAGAGACAACGGUCAGUUCCUGAGCCGAAAGUUCAUCCUGUCGGAGAGGGAGGGAGCGCUAAAAUACUUCAACAAGCAGGAUGCCCGGGAUCCCAAGGCGGUGAUGAAAAUUGAGACCCUCAAUGCCACCUUCCAACCGGCCAAGAUCGGCAACCCCUGCGGCCUGCAGAUCACCUACCUGAAAGACAACAGCACAAGGAACAUCUUCGUCUACCACAGUGAUGCUAAGGAGAUGGUCGACUGGUUCAACGCUAUCAGGGCGGCCAGGUUCCACUACCUACAGGUGGCUUUUCCUGGGGCGAGCGACGAGGAGUUGGUGCCCAAACUGACCAGAAACUUCAUGAAGGAAGGCUUCAUGGAGAAAACAGGCCCGAAGCACACGGAGGGCUUUAAGAAGAGGUGGUUUACUAUGGAUGACAGGAGACUCAUGUAUUUCAAAGACCCUCUGGACGCCUAUGCCCGUGGUGAGGUGUUCAUCGGCAGCAAGGAGAACAGCUACACCGUCUUGGCCGGCCUGCCCCCGUCCACCCAGGGCUACCACUGGAACCACGGCAUCACCAUCGUCACGCCGGACAGGAAGUUCCUGUUCGCCUGCGAGACAGAGGCCGAGCAACGGGAUUGGAUAGCGGCGUUCCAGAGGGUCAUCAAUCGACCAAUGAGGCCGCAGGAAUAUGCAGUGGAGGCCCAUUUCAAACACAAGCCUUGAAGCCCGCGGGAAGCCAGGACUCCAGAAAACUCCAAAAGCCAGUCUCAGUAAGAUCAGAGACAACCCCCUGCGUGUGACCACAGACCAUGGCGGGACGAGGUGGGGUGGUGUUGGGGGACGGGUGGGCGGUUUUUUUUGGAUGGGCCAAGAUGAGAGAAGAUGAUGAAGAAAAAAAAAAAAAAGGAGAAAGAGACAGAGGUACUCCGGUCUGUCUGUGUGUGGGAAACUCAAACUCUAAAUGGACUCUUGGCCCCUCAUGAGGCGAAAUGCUGGUGAUCUGAGGCCGAAGGGUAGGUGAUGUCCUCCCUCGUGCACCUACCGACCUUGUGCUAUACAUUACCAUGCCAACCACCCCCCCUCUCCUCAGCCAUAUGGGCCCUCCCCCCUGCAGCAACCUCCCCUCUCCCCUGGAUUUCAUCAUGUGAAUGGUUCGUUCUGCCUGUAAUCUAAUGUAAUUAUGUAAUCUAGUCAUUUCACUGGUUGCUUAACAAAGACAAUGCAUUGUUAAUUUAUUGAAUGUACAGUUUUGAUGACAGUGGCUUACCGUGCGUGUGGAAUCGUGACCUUUUCGUUGAGGACGCUGUGAGGUUGACCCUCUGGCACUGACACCCUGUUAAACCUGAAUCUACAAAGUGCUGUUAACAACAAAUAUGCAUAAAAACACACACAAACUCUCAGUGAUCUCUGUCGCUGUUAACGUAGCUUGAGGUGGCUGAUCUGCAUCCAGGCAGGGUUCUUUUAAAACCUCAAACUGACAGCUGUUCUCGUAUUUAUUUGUACUGUUGAACAUACUGAGUCAUUGUAGACAGUUAUUGCUGCUUUAAAGGAUUGUAAUGUGACAGGAUUGUAAUUUAUAUAACACUUCUACAACUGUUUGAUUUACUUUUUGCAUCUUGUUUGAAAGACACAUUGUUGUGUUGAUCCUUAAAUCACAGUGAUAGUUUGUUUCAUUAUAAAAAUCUUAACAUCAAUACAGACGAGUCUGAAA